CGCUCAUUCCUCCCUGUGCCGGCUAGGGAGACACAUACCGCCUGCUGCCUGCUGCCUUUCUGCCUGAGCUCCAGGCUCUGCUGUCCUCGCCGCUCCCUCCCCCCACAUGCAGCUCUCCGUAAGGGGCAACGCUGACAUUCCCCGACUGCCUCCACAGCUCCAUUGCUCUGCGGUGCAGAUGCUCGCUCUCUCUGAGUGAGUUUUUUUCCCUCUCCUCUGCUUGCUCUAGCUCUCAGGCUGAGGGAUUCAGCAGAUAAUCAGUGUGUCGGCGAGUGAGAGUGAGCGACUGAAGCAAAGAGAGAGAGAGAGAGCCUGGAUCAGGUGCAGGAGCAUUCCCUUCGUCUGUCUCUUUCUGUUACUCUCUCUUUCUGUCUGUCUCCAGCCUGGCACAUACAGAAGGGUAGACAGGACUCAUAAUCCAGGAAUAAGCCAUCAAUUCACUCUUCUUCUCUGGGACUCACCGCAAAGGAGGGAGAAGAGGAGGGAGACAAUCACAGCAGGACUUUGCAGACUGACAAGUCUUGCGUUUUUAUUUCUUUGCUCGCUCUGAGCCCACCUCACCCUGCCCCUCCCCUCUAUCCCACCCGCACCCCUGCUUGCUCCAGCCAACACACACACACACACACCCAGAGUGUGUAUCCAGGGGAGGACUGACAGACAUACAGAUAAACAGACGGACUGACAGAUUGCCAGACGGACCCAGUAGGAUAUGGAGUCCAAAGGAAGCGGCAGGUUCACUAUGUCCAGGUGUUUGCGCUCAGGAGACACCAUCCAUGCAAGUGUUGUCAUCACACUUCUGCUCGGGGUAUGGUGUGCUUCAGCGCUGGAGGUGUCAGUGGGGAAGGUGCCCUUCAUGGAAGCGAUGAACGGCAGCACGGUGCUGUUACCCUGUAUCUACUCCAGCUGCAUCGGCAUCAAGAACCUCUACUUCAACUGGCACUACAACGACAACGGCACCAUGGCGAAGCUGUGUGAGGCGGUGAUCCCUAUAGAAGGUGUGGAACCACGGGUGCAGGUGUACCAGGAGCGGAUAGAGUUUGUGGGCAGCAGCAAGCACAACAACAUCUCCAUCCUGCUGUUCAACGUGACCUUCGAGGACGAGGGCGAGUACACCUGUUUCGCCCGGAACCCCAAGGAGAAGAACCGCAACCAUAGCGCCAUCUUCACCCUGUUCGUGGUGGAUGAACUGAAAGUGGUUGACAAUACCGUAACCACCAUCAUCGUGUCUGUCGUUGGCGGAGUCAUCGGGUUGAUCAUUGUUGUCAUGGUGACAAAGACUGUGGUGCUCCUCAUCCUAAAAAAGUCUGCAGAGAAGAAUAAAGAGUGCCUUGUGAGCUCAGGACAGGACAACACAGAAAAUGGACUCAGCGCAGCCAAAGGGGACAACAAAGCCACACCAAAGGCAUGAAACAUGUGCACCUAUGUAUAUGUACAUAUAUGUCUGUACAUGUAUAUAUGUACACAUGAAAAUAUAGGCAUAGAAAGAAAGCUAUUAUCAAUGAACUGUUUUAUCUUUAUCUAAUGACAAAAGUAUAACAUAAACCAACGUGAAAUAGUAUGUCAAAUGUAUAUUUUAAAUUGUGCUAGAUAUUUUGGGGAACAUGAUAACUGAUCAGGGCUGGAUCAGACACUCCAAUGACACACCCUAAAGAUCGUGUAUCCGAUUCAGAGUUUAUUGAGGUAUUUAUCUGAAUCGCGUGAAAGCCUACUUUCCAAACAUUUCUGGAAUCAACAUCAAUGUCUCACCAGUUACUCAUUCAUGUACACUAUGUAAAAACAUCUGGUUGACGUUUAUUGGGAUGAAUCUUGUCCUGGGGGUAGAGCUGAGCGGUUUCCGCUAGAUUUAAGAUUAGGGUUAGGCAUAAGGUUAACAGUGUGGUUAAGGUUAGGGUUAAGGUUAGGUUUAAAACAGAGGAGGCUGCCGGGUGGAGCUAGAGGAGGAUGGACUCAUUGUAAUGCCUGGAAUGGAAUGGAGUCAAACGUGGUUUCCAUAUGUUUAAUGUGUUUGACACCUUUCCAUCAUUCCAUUCCAGUCAUUACAAUGAGCCUGUCCUCCUAUAGCUCCUCCCACCAGCCUCCUCUGGUUUAGAAUCAGAUUUUUACUUUGUGGCUAAACCAGCUAGUGACCACCCUGCAGAGCUGCCUCCAGGACAAGAUUCGUCCCAAUAAACACACACACAGUAACUCACACACUGCCAAGUUCUACGAACUGCCAUAUUGUAUACUCUACAACAGCACAAUAUAUUCUGACCAUCUCUGCAGCUCUUUUGAUUUCGAGACAUAUUUAUGGUAGCCUACUGAUAGAGAUUCUUUGUACUCUCUGCGCACCUUGUAAAGGGGGCAAACAGCGUCCCUCCUUUAACCAUAGUGAACCUUCACAGUCCAUUUUUGACAGAAAGGCAAUGCCUUGAAAGCUGAUCCGGAACUAAUUCCAUACAGUAUCAAUUGUGCCUAUUCAAUAGGAUAUACAGUAACUAAAAGAUCUUCACCACUAUGAUGAACGACUGCUACAGUUACUAAGGUCAAGACUCUUCAUUAGAUCUGCGUACAGAGUACAAAUACUGUCCUUUGGACGGCAACGCAGUGGGCUGGGUUAUGAGCACAAUGUCACUGCGGAGGAAAGGAAUGUGAUAAAGGAGAAGAGGAAGAAGGGAGUCAUUGGAGUGUAUAUUAGAUCCAGGCCGGAACUGGUUUGAUUCAUUUUUGCAUUAGAUGAAACACAGGUGCCUGUACUCACUUCCUGCUCCCUUCGCUUUUAGGGAGCCUUAAAACCGCCAUGAAAAACACACAUAAAAAAAAAAGAUUUAAAAAAGACCGAAAAUAUAAAAAAUAUCCAGACCUAAAGUAAAGACAACCCAUUUCCCUGUAGAAAUGAAUGAACAUUUUAUGAUGCUGCUUCUAACAAAUAACCAAUGCAUUUUUCUUAGCAUGUGAAUGUUGUUUAUAUAUAUAUGCGACACGUCCAUACCACAGGAAAGACUGUUCUCUAGUGUUCUGUCAUCACCUGGCCUGCAUGCAUAGUGGAUCUGUAGGCUACUUGCAGUUUCUUCACAUCCACUUCAUUCGAUGCAAACCCCCAUAGCACUAACAUGUUAAUGUGGCGACUAGCCUAUAACAGGAUAAUGCCCUCCAUCUUCAAUACUGCAAAACAUUGCACCAUUGACUCGGAUGCCAACUACCAAGCUGGCUCAUCAUCGCUACCCCCUUGACCUUGUGUAGCCUACACUGUCCCGUAUUCAAAUCAAUUGCCAUAUGAACCAAAUGGCCCACUACUGGUAUGCAUGAGUUUGAGCUGCAGAAUGUAGCUACUACAAAGGUUCGUUGUCCGUAAUCAAGGCGUUCCUUUAUGACUCCGGCCCCUCAAGACUGAAUGUCAGAUUGCCUCGAUGGGAAACGUGCCAUUCUCAAAGCGAGCAUCUCAAACCAGGCCAAGCCAUAACUCAUCUGUUUAAAUGUAUUUAUCUCAUUUUCAACCUGUUUCUAAAGCAAAUGGGUUACUUGUACAUCCAUAUUUGUUCAAAUUCAGAGGUGCCACUUGAAGUGACGACCACACCUUUAUUACGUCUAGGUGUAAAGCAUUAUUGUAGUUGCAGAGCUAAGACCCAUACAUGAAUGGCCACUUCGUAGGUUUGACUCAUCUGAGAUGGAAAUGUAGUAGGCCCCUCCGUCUCCUCGUCCCGAGACAGUCAAAUGUACAGGGCUUUAGGGAGAGAGUGGUGCUGUAGACUUAGGAAGGGUGUUAAUAGGAACCUUACUCGUGUAGAGUAUCCUUAUGAACAUCCAGACUGUGGUUGAUAUGAGGAGUAGAGAGCGAUGUGCUUGUAGACUUAGGAAGGGUGUUAAUAGGAACCUUACUCGUGUAGAGUAUCCUUAUGAACAUCCAGACUGUGGUUGAUAUGAGGAGUAGAGAGCGAUGUGCUUGUAGACUUUGCAGGGAAGGUGAUGUUUGCCCCGGUUGAUUAUAUAUAUAUUUUUUUAAAUUUUAUUUUACCUUUAUUUAACCAGGCAAGUCAGUUAAGAACAAAUUCUUAUUUUCAAUGGCGGCCUAGGAACAGUGGGUUAACUGCCUGUUCAGGGGCAGAACGACAGAUUUGUAACCGUAUUGUGUGUGGCGAUAGAUAGAUAACAAAUUAGAUCUGGACAACUAGUCUGUCUAGGGAUAAUCCCUUCUAGACCUCCCUCCUUCUAUUCCCUCACCAUGUUGAGGUUAGCAUCGUUGGAAAGGUCUCCCUCAUCACUUGACCUGCAGUACUUUUGUUUUUUUUUAUUACCAGGGGCCCCGGUGACAUGGAGAGCCAGGGAAUGCUUUUAGACCGAGCGCUGCCAUACCCACAUCCAUCCCAUGGUUGUGAUUUGAAUCCUAUAGGGUCAUUUAGUGGAUGUAGUCGUGGCACUGGACUUACGUUUGCCAUGUAAUGUCUUAGCUUUAGAGAGCAUAAGGUGACACACAUGAUAUUGCGGCAUCGUUCCAGCAGGUUCUUGCAGAAUCACCUUUACUGUCACUGCCGUUUCUGUAUUCUACUCAUACAUGACCUGUGUUUAACGGAAGCAAUACGACUGGCAACUUUCAUGUGCUGUUGUGGUGGUAAAACAGAUGAUGCAAUAGCCAACUCAUGAAACUAGAUACUGGGUACGGAGGUGUGCUACCUGCUUUAUGCACUGAUGUACCAUCUGUUUGCAUUGAUGUGGUCCAUGGUGGCAUUCCUGUCCAUUGUGUUACCCCGUUGAAAACCAGUGAGACACACACACACACACACACACACUAUUGGUUCCAUGUAGUCAGUGAACCAUUACUCCUUUGACAUUGGGGAAAAGCACACAAAGCCUGCCUCUGGGAGAAAAGCAAUACUAUUCAGUUGAUCCUUGUCUGUCAGUGUCUUUGUAUAAUCAAGCCCUCCGUUGAGGUAUUCGGAAGGAUCAUGUCGAUGAAGAAAAUGAUUCAUAAGGCUAGUUAUUGUAUCUGUAUCUUGUUGUUUGCAGAUUCAUUGUCCCUUCUGUAACUUUAAUCAGAUCUGACAAUGUACAAAAAUACCAUUAGUAUUUCUUGCGUGUUAAAGUACAGAGUUGUCCUUCACUGUUCACUGCUUCAGUAUCUCUAGGAGAACAGUAUCUGUUCAAGCCCUUCAGUAUGAACAGUUCCACAAGCUCUGAGCUCAACUAGCCAAGUCUGAACUGAGAUCAACCAGCCCUGAGCUCGACUACCCAUGUCUGAACUGAGAUCAACCAGCUCUGAGCUCGACUAGCCAUGUCUGAACUGAGAUCAACCAGCUCUGAGCUCGAUUAGCCAUGUCUGAGCUGAGAUCCACAAGCUCUGAGCUCAACUGGCCAUGUCUGAGCUGAGAUCCACAAGCUCUGAGCCUGCUUGUGCACGUCUGAGCUGCGGGGCGCAGCAGUGAGCAUGCCCAGUGUAGUGAUCCUCUAGAGGCAGUCGCAUAGCCGCAGUGAUGCAUUGUGGGCCACAUGUUAUGAUGGACUAAAAGCUGCAAUCAGCUCAAGCCUGCGUCGCCGCGGCAGAUCCACACGACUCACCCUGUGAACCAACGUCUCAGGCAACACAGACUAACAGCAUGGCUGGUAGUAUUACUUACAGCACAGUAUUAUUAGGCACCAUUUGAUACAAUCUUAUCACACUUGCACAACCAUGAAAUGAAACAAAUGUCAUGUGUCUGUUGGUUUUGAUACCUUGUGCACAUUAUGACAGUACACAGAAAUACAGCAAGCCUUCAAUGAUCAUUCACUGUUUUACGACUACAGCAAAAACCAGGAAAAUGAUAGAGCUAUAUCUCACGUUCAGUGUUAUCAAAAUACUUAUCUAACAUGGGAAAUCCAAUCAACGCUAAUACAUGCCAUGAAUUCUCUGCAGCUCAAAUAAGAAUACUCCAAUUUGCUAACAAUGCAUUGUACAUUGCCACAAGGUAUAUGUGUUCAACAUAAAGAUCUACAAUGAAAGUCGGGACACAAAUAUAAAUAUAUCCAGUCCUAACAUUGUCUGCUUCUUAUAUAAUAUAUGUAUUAAUCAUCUGAUUUGAUACUAAUAUGGGUUUCCUGUGGCCCACUGCCAGAGCGACUCCUACUCACACUGCCAAGCCAAGAGUUUGUGAAGUCUGCUCUCUGCUUCCCACAUUCCAGUGCAGAGAACACCUCCUGCUCCAACCUGCAGUAUACUGUACAGUACAGGUCCUCUGGCCAAACUGCAUUUUAAAACUCCUUUUCUAAGUUUUAGCCCACCAAGGCCAAGCAAACAAAUAAGCAAAAUAAAGUUGUAUCUAUUUUCAUCCUUAUCACAAUGGGUGUGCAUUUGUAGCCAACUGAAGCUACCCACAGCACAGUCUAAUCUAUAGUCAAAUAGACAGGAAUUUACUCUGAGCUCAUAAGGUAGCCAGGAUACUGCCUGUUAGGAUCACUACACACACACAGGUUUACACAGUUUUCACCCAUGAUCCUCUACUCCACGGAGCUGUUCAGGGUUGUGAGGGGCUGUUUUCGCUCCCUCACUGGCCUCACCCACAGGGUGACUGUCUGUGGGUAGCAGUCCCUAGACGGCCAGGCUCGAAUGGACUCAAGUGGCAGUAUCAUCCUGAUGUCGAAGUACAGUGCAUUUGCUCUUUGUUAUUGGGGUUUAACGAGUGCUGUACUUCCACAAUGUCUUGCUAAAUUGUAACGACCACUGUCAAGCCCAAGCUAAUGUGGCUCGUGCAGAGGAAAACAGCUCGCCCUCUCACCCACCAAAACACACACCCGCUUACUGUGAGGCAGUCACUGACUGACCUGACUCAACCCCCUCAGUCUCAAGAGGUGAUGCUUCCUUUAAGAACUAUAAAGUGAAUGUGCAACACACCCCUCCUACUCCUGUUUCUGUAAUAGUGUCUAACGUUCUCCCCUCUCAUUAACUAUGCACCCCAAUUGUUUUUUUUUCCUCUGGAAUUGUAGAGAAGAAAAAAAAAGAAGUAUAUAUACAGGAAAUAAAGGUUUGCAUAAAAGGA